GUCAAAACCGUUUUGACGAGCCCUCCAAGCGCAGACAAACGCUCUACUCCCAAAACAAGCCGCGAAUUUCCAAAGUCAUGCAGUUGCUCACCUCCGCCUCCGCCUACGCUGUCGCUGCCCUUGCGAUCUGCUGCCUGCGCGUGGUCACAGCUCAGCCGCAGCGCGGUCUGGCGCAGCCGCGCUCCAACUCAUUCGAUGCUAAUGCUGUGAUACUGAAGCAGAACUUUGAUCUGAACCCGGAUGGCUCCUAUCAGUACAACUACGAGACGAGCAAUGGAAUUCGCGCUGAUGAGGCGGGCUACCUCAAGAAUCCCGGCUCCCAGUUGGAGGCUCAGGUAAUGCAAGGCUCGUACUCGUACACCGGACCCGAUGGCGUGCUCUACACCAUAACCUACAUCGCCGAUGAGAAUGGCUUCCGCGCCGAGGGCGCACAUAUUCCCACACCGCCGCCCGUGAGCCCGGCCGCCGCUGCCGGUCCCCGCCGAUUCUUCAAAUAAUUUGAUAAUUGACCAUCGAGAAUUAUAUUUAAUUGGAUAUAAUAUUUGUAUGAUAGCAUCCAGGAUGAAGUUCAGGGCAGCAGCUCAGUUGAUUCACAGACCUCUCUCCCCCUCUACCGCUUCCCCGAACACUCACACGCAAACCCUCCUUCAUUUUCCACUCUCACACCAAUCCGUGUGUAUUUAUGCAUUUCCACGCGUUCCCGAUUUUCCCGAUUUUCACAUCUAACUAGCGCCUAACGAAUCGUUUAAAAUAUGUUUUGUACAUUAUUUAAGUUUGAUUGUUAAAUGUCGUACGACAACGCAAGCUACGCAAUAAAACGAAUAUUGCUCGAAAA